AAUCCUUUUAGGCGGUCACCGCACCGCCAUCUCUGUCUCUGUCUCUCUGUCUGUGUCUCGCGUCGGCACCUUCGUCCUCGUUAGCGGGACUAACCAAACCCUAAUUUCAUCUGCUCCAAAGUGUGUUUCCCGAUUGAUUUGUGUUGCAGAUACACGAGCACCAAGCGGCAAUCCUCGAUCACACAUCUCAGCGCGCGAACACGAUUGUUUAUAAUCCAUGGAGAAGGAGCGUGUGAGGAAACGACCCCGGCUCACCUGGGACGUCCCGCCGCCGGAAUCAGAGGCGCGAGACCAAUCUGGUUUGGCUGGUAAUCAGUUGGUGGAACGGCACUCGUCACCUCCGAAGAGGGACGAUGAUCGCGAAGGGCAUUACGUGUUCAAUCUCGGCGAGAACCUCACUCCAAGAUAUAAAAUACUCAGCAAGAUGGGUGAAGGCACAUUUGGGCGUGUCUUGGAAUGUUGGGAUCGCCAAACACAAGAAUAUGUGGCUGUUAAGGUUGUCCGAAGUAUAAAGAAGUAUCGCGAUGCAGCAAUGAUUGAAGUGGAUAUACUUCAACUCAUUGCUAAGAAUGAUAGGGGCAGCUCUCGCUGUGUUCAAAUUCGGGAUUGGUUUGAUUACCGCAAUCACAUAUGCAUAGUGUUUGAGAAGCUUGGACCAAGCUUAUAUGAUAUUCUAAAGAGAAAUAGAUAUCAUCCAUUUCCUGUGGAUCUUGUUCGAGAAUUUGGACGUCAGCUUUUGGAAUCUGUAGCAUAUAUGCACGAUUUGCGCUUAAUUCACACUGACCUGAAGCCCGAAAACAUACUUCUUGUAUCUUCUGAAUCUAUUAAGAUUCCUAAUCAUAAGAGGACGAACUCAGGUGCGAUGCAGUAUCGGUGCUUGCCCAAGUCUAGUGCCAUUAAGGUGAUUGAUUUUGGUAGUACUGCGUAUGAUAAUCAAAAUCAUAGCUCCAUCGUUUCUACAAGGCAUUACCGAGCACCGGAGGUUAUCCUAGGUUUAGGAUGGAGUUAUCCUUGUGAUUUAUGGAGUCUCGGAUGCAUACUUAUCGAACUAUGCACGGGGGAAGCUUUAUUUCAAACCCAUGAAAAUCUCGAGCAUUUGGCAAUGAUGGAGAGGGUGCUGGGACCUCUACCGGAGCAUAUGAUUAGAGGAGCCAAUCGGGCUGCUGAGAAGUAUUUUAGACAAGGUUCACGUCUAAAUUGGCCUGAAGGGGCAGUUUCAAGGGAGAGUAUUAGAGCUGUGAAAAAACUCGAUUCUUUACAGAACCUUGUAUCUCAACAUGCAGACUCCUCAAGAUCGUCUCUGACUGAUUUGUUGCGAGGUUUGUUGAAGUGCAAUCCAUCAGAACGGCUCACUGCUCGAGAAGCCUUAAAGCACCCCUUUUUCAAGGAUACCGCCUGAGGUGUGUCACCGGUGUACUAUGUGAAAGCAGCUCAGACUAAGGAGUUCUCCCUGUGCAUCUUCUGAAAACUGGUUGGUCUGGAGGGAAAAAGGAACCCAGUAGGCGGUUGCACUGGCUUGUAACGUUGUGUGUUUGAUGUGCCUCUUUUCUGUGGCUAAGGCCUGAAAGAAAACUCCCUCUUUUCUAAUGGGAAAGGUUGUGCUGUAGAAGCGUAGAAUUUUGAUCAGGAAGUCAUGUUAAAAGGCCGUCCGGAAGAUACGAUAACUGUCUCUAAUCCACGGAGUCAAUUCAACAGAAACCCUUUUGUGAUUUGUGAAUAGUGUUGAAUUUUGAUAGCGUUAGCAUUUGGUUAA